ACUGACGCAGGUGUAAACAAUAACAUGGGUGAAGGGUGCGGGUGAAGCUACAGUUGUGUAACUUUGCCUAACAAUAGAUUUUCCCGGUCAAAACAUUGUGAUUCCGUGUUUAUUCCGGAACACACUGCUGGUCUGAGCUCCUGUUCCGCCAUGUUGUUUCUCCGGACUGCGGUUCUCAGCUGCAGGAUUCUGUCCGCUCCACGCUGUCUGCCCACCGGCUACACCGACGCCUUCAGGACCACCUCCACAUACAUCCAGGGCCAGAGCCCGGAACCACGCAUCAGAGAAUACUUCUACUACAUUGAUCACCAAGGACAACUUUUCCUCGAUGACACUAAAGUGAAGAACUUUGUCACCUGCUUCAAAGAUAAACAGUUCCUGGCCUUCUUCUUCAGUCGGCUUCGGUCGAAUCAGACCGGUCGCUAUGAGGAGGACUUCCCCUACUUGUCCCUCUGUGGCAGGGAGAGGAACUUCCUGCGCUGCGACGACCGUCCUGUGGUCUUCACCCACCUGCUGCAGAGUCCUGCAGGGCCAACGGGAGCCACCGGGGGUCAGGAGCUGCUGUCAUACUGCGGUGGGGCGGAGAAGCUGUCCGUCCCCUUCUGCCCCGCGGCACUGUUCAUGCAUCCUGUCAGCGGGCGAGUUUACCACCCCUGCUCAGACAAGGGAGGGGGCGUCGGUCUGGUCAGGUCGGCUCUGGCCAUCGAGCUCAGCCCGUUCUUUGUUUACGCUCAGGGGGAUGGCCAGUCGGGAGGACAGCCCACACACUUUCUCUGGAGGGGACAGAAGCACACGCUGACCAAUGAGCUCUCAGGACUCCUUCCCAGUAUGGAGGAGACCAGUGGGCACCAAGGAGAGCUGGGAUAAGAACUGGAACCGGUCACGGUUCUACCUUAGAUCUUGACGUGCUUUCCUGUUACAUGUUCAGAUGAUCCAUCAGUGUCCUCGCUGGCAGUGAGAAGAGACAACCACUGUCUCUGAUUGGUGAUCACAGUGUGAUUGAUGGUGUUUGAAGCCUGGGUAGAUGUUUCCUUCUAAUUUAUGUGACGCGUGAGAAGUGGACUGCAGAGUGUUUCAUUCUGUUUCAUUGGCUUGUGACCACAAGAUCUACGUGGUUGUGAAGAUGUGUAACUAUCCAGUAUGGCACCCAAAAAAAACCAACAAAAACGCCAAACCUGCUGUAAAGUAUGAAAAGAUUAACACUCAUAAUAGCAGCAGUCGUUCAUCUUGAAAGCUGCUUUUAAUGUUGUGACCAUUGACACACAUAAAGAUGGCCGACACGUCUCCA